CCUUCCCCAAGCUCGCCAUUCCGCUCUUUGCCUGUCCUUCACAUCCUCUUCCUUCGUCCCCCUCAACACCAAACUUGAAAGAUGAAGUCCGCGUGCAUGGCUCUCGCUUGCGCCGCCUCGGCCAACGCCUUCGUGGCCCCCAGCGCCUUCAACGGUGCCGCCGUCGCCACCCCGGCCAAGUCCUCCUCGGCCAUGAAGAUGUCGUUCGAGUCGGAGAUCGGCGCGCAGCCCCCCCUGGGAUUCUGGGACCCGCUCGGCCUCCUGGCCGACGCUGACCAGGAGCGGUUCGAGCGCCUCCGGUACGUGGAGGUGAAGCACGGGCGCAUUGCUAUGCUCGCCAUCGCCGGCCACCUGACCCAGCAGAACGUCCGCCUCCCCGGCAUGCUCUCCAACUCGGCCAACCUGUCUUUCGCGGACAUGCCGAACGGUGUGGCUGCUCUGUCGAAGAUCCCCCCGGCGGGCCUCGCCCAGAUCUUCGCGUUCGUCGGUUUCCUUGAGCUGGCUGUGAUGAAGAACGUGGAGGGCUCCUUCCCCGGAGACUUCACGAACGGCGGCAACCCGUUCGCAUCUUCGUGGGACGCUAUGUCAGAGGAGACCCAGGAGUCGAAGCGCGCGAUCGAGCUCAACAACGGCCGCGCCGCGCAGAUGGGCAUCCUCGCUCUCAUGGUGCACGAGGAGCUCAACAACAAGCCGUACAUCAUCAACGACCUCCUCGGCGCCUCGUACACCUUCAACUAAAAACCUUGCGUUUUUUCACGAUGUGUUGUUGCAGUUUAGGAACGCGUUGUUGAUAAACCUCUUUCCUGGAACCUUCGUUUCUCGACCGUCUUGGCCCCCCCGUGUUUCGCCGCAUGGCCUCCUAAAAUUGAAGUAUUGCCACUCGUUAAUCGGUCGAUUGUUUCAAUCGCCAACCUAGGGGCCUUGUUAUUCUAAGCGUAUGGAAGGGGCUUGAAGGUGUGGGGACGGGUUAGGGUUUUUGUAGAUGGUGUUGGGGACAUAUGUUACUUUGGCGUGGCCAUUUUUGUAGGAGAAAUGAUCCUUGGCACGGAGGGAGGAUUUUUUAGAUUAGACAUUAUGAAGUGUCCGGCAUGUUUCCGAGAAUAGAUUUUGGAGGUUGCUUUUUGCGACUACAAGCUGCUUCCAUCUAUUUUUAGGGGUUCGGAUCUCGGACUUUUUAUCAAGAAACAAAGAGAUUUCUAUAACCAGAGCACCUGACAUGUAAUUCCCACGUUUACAGUUGCGAUGAAGGCACACAUGGACCGUGCAGACGGCAUGUUGGCUGCAUUCGAUGGCAAUUGAAACGAGUGGGUAAGCGUGUUGUCCUCGAUUGAACUCCAGCACUUAGCCCGACACAUCGAGCGGUGUUCGGCAUCGUGAUCCUGUGGUCGCAACGAUUUGUUGGUCAGCGAACGCGAAAUGUGCACCGCGCACGCACGAUGUGCAUGCAAUAGGCCAUGUAGCGAAAAUGAACUGCGCACACAUGCCAACAGUGUGGAGUGUCACGUUGAGCCGUGUCCGGCAGCGCUCGUACUUAUCUCACACGAACUUGGCAAGGC